GAUAUUAUUAGUAUCAAAAAAAGAUAGUGAAUCACUGAUGUCACAAAAUCACAAGUUUUCUUCUGACUAUUUGUAAUUAUAAGACGAAUAUUGAAGAUUGACCACUGAUUUAUUCUCACGGAGUAAAGAAAGAAACCAGAAAUGUUCAAAAGUCCGUUUGAUAAAACGCUAGAAAAAGCGACAAGCCAGUUAUUAUUGGAGCCAGACUGGGAUUCCAUCCUUCAAAUAUGUGAUAGUAUACGACAAAAGGAUGUCACAGCCAAGAUCGCCCUGGCUAGCAUCAAGAAGAAAAUAUCGGUUGACAACCCUCACGUCGCCAUGUACGCACUUCAAGUCUUGGAGUCAGUUGUCAAGAACUGUGGAAACAGUGUCCAUGAAGAGAUAGCGACGAAAGAAUACAUGGAGUUUCUCAAAGAUCAAGCCAAGGCACGGAAUGAUCCAGUUAAAGGAAAGAUAUUGGAGUUGGUACAGGCAUGGUCUCAUGCGUUCCGUAACGAACCAAAUUAUAAAGUUGUUCAAGACACCUUUCAUUUGAUGAAAAUGGAGGGAUUUAAGUUUCCUGUUUUAAAAGAAGCAGAUGCCAUGUUUGUGGCCGAAAGAGCACCCGAGUGGAAAGAUUCGGAUGUUUGUACACGAUGCAGAGUUCAAUUUAGCGUGGUACAGAGAAAACACCACUGUCGUGCUUGUGGGGAAAUCUACUGUCACAAAUGCUCAUCGAAGACAUCGAUCAUCCCCAAAUAUGGUAUUGAACGUGAAGUACGGGUCUGCGAUUCCUGCUUUGAAAAAAUAAAUAAACCCACCGCUGGUGGAAAGGCGACAACAGAAGAUGGUCUGCCACAAGAAUAUUUAGCUAGUCCUCUCUCAAAACAAGUCCAGACACCGCCUGCAAAAUCGGAACAAGAAAUUCAAGAAGAAGAAGAGCUACAAUUGGCUCUGGCCUUGUCAAAAAGUGAGCACGAGACAAGCGAAAAAGAAAGAAACCGAAUGAAGACUAAUUAUUCUAGUAUCAGUAAGAACGAACGAUCCUCCUCGCCACAGAGCAAGUCAUCUAAUUAUUCUCAGAGUUCAAACGCCAAUGUACCAAUGGUUGAUACGGCUGACAUGGAUCCUGAACUCGCGAGAUACCUUAAUCGUAAUUACUGGGUUCAGCGAUCAGAAGAGACGAAAGCUCCGACAACUACACCAUCAGCCCCUGUGGUCACGUCAGAGUCUAUCUCAACAUCGGUACGUCAAAGUGAAGUAAAUGUUAGUAGCCCACCAGUGGUUUAUCAAAAUGGCGAAACUGACACGGACCAGAGUCAGUUCCUUCAUGCUCUCAGUACAAGUAUCCAGAUCUUCAUUAACAGAAUGCAGAGUAAUUCAAUCCGAGGUCGAAGCAUUGCUAAUGAUUCGUCCGUGCAAUCGUUGUUUAAUGUCAUCAGCAACAUGAAUCCACAGUUGAUGAAUUACAUGCAGGAACAAGAAGAAUUGAGGAGUUUUUACGAAGGUCUUCAAGACAAGUUGGCCCAGCUGCGCGACGCCCGUGAAGCUCUCGAUUCCCUGAGAGACGAACAUCAGGAAAAGAAGAGGAGAGAAGCUGAGGAAUUAGAAAGGCAGAGACAGAUUCAGAUGGCGCAGAAAUUAGAAAUUAUGCGACAGAAGAAACACGAGUAUCUAGAAAUGCAGAGACAAAUGGCAUUGCAGAGAUUACAGGAACAGGAGCGAGAGAUGCAGAUGAGGUUCGAGCAACAGCGACAGUUGACACAGAUUCGUCAAUAUCAAUCAUACGGAUAUCCUCAACAGAUGUACCAGGGAGGACCGGGACAACCACAGGGCAUGCCCCAACAAAUGUACGCACCAGGACAAGGUCAGCCCCAACCUCUUCCAGAACAUAUUCAAGGUGGUCCAGGUUAUACGUUUAGUCCAAAUGGAUCCCAAGAAGGAUCACCGGUUCAUCAAACGGGGGUUUAUCAACAACAACAGCAACAUCCAAACAUGCCUCCCCAGAAUCUUCCACCGGAGAGUAUGCAGAACACGCAAGCUCCAGGAAUGUAUGGUCAUCCCCAAAAUAUGUAUCAACCUCAGAUGAUGCAACAGAUUCCUCCUGGUGGUCCAGGACUCCAGCACCAGCAGCCUCCACCAGGCAGUCAUUAUCCCUUACAAACUGAUGGCGGACCAAAUCAACAUCAUAUGCCGCCUGGUUAUAGUGGACAGAUGAAUCCAGAUCCUAACAUGUCGGCACCACAGGGAUACGUGGGUCACCCACAAAAUGUAGAUCCAAGUUCUUUUUCGAUGCAAAAAAUGUCAGAAGCGUUACCCCAGCAACCUGGUCAACAGCCGAUGUAUCAAAAUCCACCACCCCAGCAACACGCGGGAGGAAUGAUGAAUCAUCCAGGGCAGUAUUCGGUCCCUCCUGGAGCUCCUCACCAACAGAUGAAUGCACCCCCUCAACAGCAAAAUGCACCUCAAGGUUACCAGCAAGCACCCCAACAACCACCUCCACAAACUCAACAAGAAGCUUCACUUAUAUGUUUUGAUUGAUUACAAAGUCAAUAAUAAUAUAUAUAAUUAAAGAUGCAUUAUGUAAGAGCUAAAUCUGUCCAUUGCAGAUCUUUCUUUUGGCCUGACAGAUUAUAUAAAUUAUUAUUUAGACAUUUAUUCACAUGAAAAGCCGGUAAUUAAUUACCUAGACCAUCGGAUGGUUUUGAUUUUGAACAGGUUGAAACCCAAUCAUCAUUAAAUAAUUUGAUUUCAAAAUGGAUAGUCGAGACUUUGUUUGUUAUUGUUACAACUGUAGCAAUUGAAAAUCGAGAAUGAAGAAAUCAGACUUAAAUUUUAACAUAUUCCUUUUUCAUUAUCUAUAGUUAAAGUAUUUUAGGGAGAACUGUCUCUCCUCUUUAUAUAAAUCUUACAUAAUGCACCUUUAAGCUUUUUUGCUUAACUCAGUAGAAGUCACUUUAUACCAUCAGUUUAAUUUUUAAGAUAAUUUUUUCUAUUUUGAACUCCCAAAUCAUAUUAAAUAAAUUAUAUAAUAUUAAGACCACUGUCUAUUCAUCAUUGGUAUUGUUCAGAUAGUAUUUUCUAAUAUUUCAGGGGUUAAUCCAUGCGGAAAUCUACUUGUAUUUGUUAUUUAAAGAUACAUUAUGUAAGAUUUGGAUAAAGAGCUAGCCAUUCUUGCUAUAAUAGUUUGAAAAUAGAUAAUGUAAAAUGAAUACAUGUAAUUUGAAAAUUUCAUUCAAAUUACUCUAUUGCGAGUGAAGAUAUUAGCCUUUGAACGUUUGACAAGAUGAGUGCACUAAUUGCAACCACCGUACUGGUUGUUCGAAGCUAUCUCUCGCUCCUCCAUUUUUAGAUUAAAUCAAAAUAUGACUGAACCGUUCUGAUCUGUUUAAUAUCGGAGAUGUCCGACGGCGAAGAGAGUUGAUUAUGAUCUUGUCAUGUUAAUGAAUGUCUAAUCAAUAGUAUGUUUAAGAUUUAAUUAAGAAAUGAAACCCAAUAUGGAUUCAAUCGGUUUAUAAAGAAGUCAAUCAAAAGAUUUUGCUCCACCAUUAUAGGUGGCACUGUGAAUAUCGCUCGCAGUCAAUACCAAAUCUUGGAAAAUUUUCAUUUCCUCUUGUCUUUGUAAAUACUGAAUGGAAGUCGACCAUUUUUGUACUGAUAUCAGUGAUUGUUAUCCAUAAAACUGUGUCGUGUUAUAUUAUGUUCAAUCGCUAAAUGCCAUUUAAAGAUUAUAUCCCUUUACAUUAACUAGUUUUUAACUAUUAUAGUGAGAACUGUCAGCUCUUUAUCUAAUCUCCCAUAAUGUAUCUUUAAUAUUUUUACCCUUUGGGAUGGGGAGGGGGUCGAAUGGUUAGCACGUGCGCACUGUAUCAUACGGUCUAUCAUUGAGUCAACUGGCAUGGUUUCGAUUCCUCGGUUGUACGUGACAAAGAGUAGGGUCGCCUGUCCACCCUUGUGGGUUUUCUCCAGGUCCUCCGGUUUCCUCCCACUUCUAAAGACCCCUACGUGCAAGCGAAUUAUUGAAAAUAAAUUGAGCCAUGUGUUUGUCCCGAAAUGACCUAGUUUGUGUUAAGUGGAGUGGACGUUAAACCUCAUUUCUCUCUCUCUCCCUUUGGAAUAAUUUUCAAAGAAAACCUGAUAUUUAGCCAUGUGUUUCAGACAAGAGGCCAUAAAUUGUAUUGUUUAUUAGUAACUUGUUGUUGAUUAAAGCUAUCAGUUUUGUGAAAUUUUAUUGUUUACAUUAGAAUAAUGUAUUCCCUGCUAUUGUUAAGGUAUUAUUAUUGUAUGUGACUAGACAAAUUUAUCUUUUAAAUGGAAUCAUAGCUUAUAAAUAUACUGUCUAGCUGGUCAAUUUGGAAUGGGAGUGCUUCUAGUAAUUACGAAAAUUCUGAGAAGUGUCAAAUUAUUAUGACAAUUCUACAAAAUAUUGAGUUUAAAAGUGAAGGUGAUAUUUAGAAUUUAUGUUACAUUAUGGAAAUAGUAAAUUAACCAAUGGGAAUUUUGUUACUAUUUAUUCCUUCAUAAUAUUGUAAACUGUGUAUAAUGGUUAGAUCUAAUUGAUAAGGCCAACUUCAAGUUUGGUCAAAGUCACAACAUGUAAACAGGGCUAGCUCUAAUCUCAACCCUAACUCUAACCCUGGACCUAGCCCCAUUGCUUACCCUAACCCUAAUCUACAAUCUCGGCAAAAAUCAAGUGCCCUAACCUUUUUUUUUACAUCUCUGCGACCUUUACGAAAAUUGAGCUGGCCUUAACAAAUAGAUUUAGCCAUGUAUAAUUGACUGUAUCAGUAUCUUACUGGAUGUAUUUAAGCCUGGUUAAUCUGAUGUAUAAUUGACACUAGGUCUACCAGUAUCUUACUGUAUGUAUUUUAAAACUUGUUAAUCUGACGUAUUAAAAUUAUUUAUAACAUUA